AUGAGCACGCUGACUGCCCUCGUCGCAAUUGCCUUCCUUCAACUCUGGCUGAACGAAGGGGGGGCCCAAUCAGAGGAUUUCUUCAAAGCUGCCAAAUUCCUCACCAAGCUCCGCACAGAGGAAGAUGAGCCGCUCGGGGAUUGCACUUCAGACCAUAUGAUAUCAACAAACGCGACGGACUUGGGCCGAACAAUUGCAACUGUAGAUCGGAAGGGCAUGGAAUUUACCUGCUACCACUACCACCACAGGCAUUGCCUCGAUGCUAUGGCGGAUACCAAGGAUCUCUUUAUUGAUCUCGUGGUUGAGAGGGGCGUUCCCUUAUGUAGUGUGGUGGAGGAGGUGAAAGGAGGAAAGGGAGGGGAUGGUGGAUGGCAAGGAGCCGUUUUGCAUCUUUUGGGACAGAUCUUGGCCACGCAAGGCAAUGCAUCCACCUCUGGGUUCUCUUCCUUCACGAGUGUUUAUGCGUUCAACCGAAUAAGCCUUACUUCUCAUUCUACGCGCGAACUUUUUAUCACAGAAAACCUUACCCGUGGUCAAAACGCGCAUCCAGGUGUUGAUGAAUUCAUGCGUCUUAUGUUUACCUUUCUAGUGGCCGCUGUUGCAAAAACGGAGCCCACAACACUCCCCCUAUCAAAACGAUUGCUCUAUGGGCAACUCUUUGUUCCCGAAGCGAGUGGUCCGAUGCACUCUGCACAGGCUUCAUCUGCUUCAAUCAGAAUCAGAUCUAUCACGGUCAAGUUGAGGACAGCGCUUCUGUCCAUUUGUCUAGCUUUUAUAGGCAUAUGCUGUCUGAUUUUUCAGUGUCCUUUGGUGGGGGCACAAUCAAGAGGAGUGACGGACGCGGUUGGUUCUGGGCAUCUGAAAUACCUUUGGAGCUUAGGGAGGAUAACAGCGGCCGCCGCAUUGCCACCAGUCCCUCGACGAGGCUGGUUCUCAAAAUGGAUGUCCGAUAUGUUCCUCGUUAUUUUGGAGCCUUUCGAAAGCAGUGGAUGCUUUGUUAAUCAGUCAUGA